UUUAGGUUUCAUUUUUUUGUUGAGUCGUUACCUUGAUUAACCUUUAGUGUGUUUAUGUGAAUUGUGUGUGUAUGUAUGUUAGUGUUGUUUUUUUUCUUCGCCGAGAACAAACUUAGUUUUCAUUCUUUACGACACUUCUUACAUGCUUCUUGUUUAUUGUAUUUGGCGAUCCAAAAUUGAUGAUUAAAUGAUAGUUGUUUACAUUUUUAUCAACAAUUACGACUACAAACAAGACAACAACUUAUAAAGUUACAAGUAUUCACUGCUACUUUUACCUCUACUUUUAUCAUUGUGAUUGCUCGUUAAUUUUACCUAAAUAUACUGUUUCAUAAAUAUAUAUAUAUAUUUAUUUAUUUAUAUAUAUAUGUAUUAAUCGUUUCAAAUUGCUCUACUUUGUUUCAUUCAACAAUUACCAACCAGAACAUUUGUGGACAAAUAAGAAGGCGCUAAUUUUUAGUCUAAAUUUUUUGAUUCAACAACAAAAAACCUAUUUUUCAAGUUGACAACUUUUCAAAGCUUCAAACUGAUUAUCUCAAGUGUUUCAACUUGUCGUGAGUCUCCAGUUAGCCCAAUGUUAAUGUCACCAGACAUGGGUUCAGAAGAUUCUGACAAUGAAAUUUUGGACUUAACUCUUCCAGAAAGGAAACGAGCUGAUGAUAGCUCUAAACCAAGUUACAAAAAGUCGUUGAUAAAACGCUACUUUGAUGGAUGUGAACCUCCUGCAUCUUCAUCAUCCUCAUCCUCAUCAUCACAUCAACAAUCACAUCACUCUCACCAUCACCCUGGACACCAUGGCGGUGUCGGAAACGGAAAUAACGGGAACAGUGGCAAUAGAGACUCGAAUGGCAGCGGCAAUGGUCGAGGUGGAUCAUCUUCCUCGUCAUCCUCAUCCUCAUCCUCCUCCCCCUCAUCCGGUUCUAGGAUGGGAAGUCCACCAAAUUUAAGUUCAUCCUCACCGUCAACAACACUUUUACAAAACAUUUUACAAAUGAGAGGUGCCUCAUCUUCAUCUUCAAUCUCAUCUUCUUCCUCAUCACCUUCAAAUUCAUCUUCAUCUUCAACCUCUUCAUCUCAACAUGCUCACCAUCCACACCACUCUCAACACCAUCCACACCAUCCGCACCAUUCACAGCACCACCCACAACACCAUCCCCAUCAUGCACAGGCACAACAUCACCCACAACAUCAUCCUCAACAACACCAUCCCCACUCCCAUCAUCAACACUCUCAUCAUCAUAAUUCACAUGAUGGACUUCGUACCUCUGGACUUUUAGGCCCAACUGGUAACAAUAGUAAUGGAUCUAAUCAUCUUUACAGUCCAAUGUCUCGCGGAGGUUCAUCUUCAUCUUCCUCUUCAUCAACCUCAUCAAAUUCAUCGUCAGCCAAUGGUCUUGGACAUUUAUCAAUGGGACAAACAAAUAGUAACACCUCUCCACUUCCUCCUUCACCAGCAGAUUCCGGUGUAAGUGAUGUUGACUCACAUUACAGUUCCAACGAUGAACAACACCAAUUAAGCCAAUAUGGCUACUUUUAUCCAACAAAUGGACCGACUCAUCAUCGUUCAUAUCUGUCAAAUCAUUCACAAAGUGAGUUAUCCCAUCAUCAAGGUAAUCAAGAUAUCACAGUUGGAUCAUCUGGAUUAGGCCUUGGUGUAGCUGAAGAUCUCUCUUAUCACAAUGCUUCGGCAUUGAUGAAGAAAAAGAAAGGACGUAAACCCAAAGGUUCACCUGAAAACAUGACUGGACCCGGUACCCCAGGUGGACCUGGAGUCUGUCCGAGUUCAACUAAAAGAAAAUCCCGUGAAGGGUCAACAACUUUUCUUUGGGAAUUUUUAUUGAAAUUAUUACAAGACAAAGAGUAUUGUCCAAAGUUCAUUAAAUGGACCAACAGAGAGAAAGGUAUAUUUAAAUUGGUUGAUUCAAAAGCAGUUUCUCGCUUAUGGGGGUUGCAUAAAAACAAGCCGGAUAUGAAUUAUGAGACUAUGGGCCGAGCACUCAGAUAUUACUAUCAAAGAGGAAUCUUGGCCAAAGUUGAUGGUCAACGUUUAGUCUACCAAUUUGUUGAUGUCCCCAAAGAUAUUAUUGAAAUCACACACGAUCCAAAUAAUUUUUAUAAUUCAAAAGAGGAUUCCAGGAAUCCAGUAUCUGAUUGUUUGGAAUCAGUUUUACACAGUUCUGGGGAUUUGGGAGGAUUUUAAAUUGAUCCUGAUGUAUUAUUAUAAUUAUUAAUAUAAUUAUUAUUAUUAUUAUUGCAUAAUUAUUAUUAUUAUUAAUAUUAUUAUUAUUAUAUAAUUAUUAUUAUUAUUAUAUAUUAAGAUGAGAAACAAAGCGAACACCAUCCGUCUGUCCCAUUGAACCUUUCAACCCUUUUUUUCUUAUCUAACACCUCUUCUUACACCUUGUCUACAUUGCCUUACCCUUUGCCUUCUUACCUUUGCCUUUUCAAGCCUUGACAAAAAAAGACGUUUUUCCACUCCAUCAUCCUCACCAUCAUCAAUUGUAAUCUUCAUCUUCAUCUUGUUCACCUCAAAGCUUCGCAAAUACUUUAACUACUGUUUGUCCCUCUUGUUCAAUCCCUUAAACAUAUUUUUUCCCUUCAAAUUAACAGUAAUAAUAAUAUGUAAUGUUCAUUAUUAUCGUUAAAAGUGUGGUCAUCCUCAUCAUCAUCAACAAAAAAAUUGUUCAUUAUCGCUUCAUCCUCCUUGCCUUUACAAAUGUUCACAUUUUGCCUCCAUCAUCUUUCCCUCCUUCUCCUCCUUCCUUUUUUUAACCCACUCCAAUCUUCCUCUUCUUCAUCUUUCGCAUAAUAACUUUCCUCUGUUUACCAAUAUUUGGUCAAUCAAAUGAGAUAAUUAAUUGUUAAUCGUUGAGCCAUUCUUGUUUAUUAAGAGCGAAAAAUGAUUGAAUGAAUGAAUGAUUUUUUCUCCAUUUUCAAAUCUCUAAAAUUAAUGUAAACCCGUUUUACCCUUUUUUUUAAAAAAAAACAUUUCAUUUCAUGAUGCACACAACAACCAACAAGAUUCAACAAAAAAAUGAUAAUUUUCAGCUUAUAAUAAAUAUUUUCUGUCAACGAA